AUGGUGCCGCAAGCCGCGCCACUACCACCAUUUUCGGCCACCUGUAGACCUCAAAGCUUGUUCAACGACAAUAUCCUAGCCCGUGAAACCAUCAUACGCUCCUUGUUCAGCUAUCCAGACUGGCCUAAUCCUAAAGACCGAUCUUAUUAUAAAUUGGACACAAAUUAUGUGGAACCUAGCUUUCCUGAGGGGGAAGAUAUCCAGGCAGCCUACCAACGCCUCAAAGGGCUCAAGACUGAACACGAAAAUGUCAAUACCAAGUUGAAAAUUCUUGAUCAGCAGAAUGAAGAACUAUACAUCAAGCUGGAUGAACUAUCACGCCAGCUGACAAAGAAAGAAAAAGUCGAGGAGGCUGCCACGCAGUUCUCUAGAAUAUGGAAUCUUACCUGUGCUAGAAAGCUGCAGGCUCGUUUCCCACGCGAAAUACGAGACCUAGUCUACAAGCACAUGUUGGAUGCCGAAACGAUACAGAAAUGCUACACGUACAUGAUAGACAAGCCACCAAACGUCAAAACUGUCGAGGACCACUGGGGCUUGCCACACUUCUUCAAAUCUUCCUACAUGGGUCGGCCCAUAGCUCGCGAGAUCGUAGAGAUGUUGUAUACUCUCCUGCCCACUGUUCUCCAGGUCCGCGGCACAGGGAGCCGUGAUACGUAUGUCUUCGGCUCAAUAGUGGCGGAGCGAUUCAUCUCAGAGGAUAUUUGGCGCAUUGAUGUAGCUCCUGCAGAGCUACUGAAAGAUUUUAAAAUUCUAGUGAACCUAGAAGAUGUUGCACUAGACCCAGAAGAAGGACAACUGCUCACAGACCUGUUGUUGAGUAUCAAGAACAGAAAAGGCUUCAAGCUCGAAAUCCACCUUCACCAAAACAAACUACGACUAAACCUCUGGCCACAGGCCUUUGAGGUUCUUAAACCUAUAUUGGAAGAAUACGAGCGCCAGGAUGCAGCAAAGAUACUUAUCAUUCAUCGAUAUGAGAAUUAUCCCGCUCUUUGGGCUAUCGAGGACAAUCUCGACAGAGUAGAAACCAAGCUGGAGCUCAACGAGAUGAUUAAUCGCCUUGGGAACAACUGGAUGGAAGAUGCGACCAAGUUUUCUGAGUCUCAUCCCGAAAUUGAAGACCGUCACCGCUAUUACCUCGUCAGAACAGAUGCAGACUGCGAGUCCGACCGUUAUCCUGAUUUUGCUGCAAUCCGAGCUUAGAGACGAGGGUAUUACGAUUACAUGUAACUUAACCACUGCGGUUUAGAUAUGGCGUAUUCGAUCAAAUGUUCAUUAAUUUGAUUCCAUCAGUUCGUCUUACAUACGUACAUAAUACACAGCUAGCCCGCUCAAAGACGCGCAGAUCCCAGCACCAUGCCCUUUUUCUAAACCCUCAUCAGGUCUUUCUUCCAAAUGAACGCCAGCUAUUGUACAGUGGGCACGAGACCCGUGGAGUGGUGAGGAAUAUUCGCUAAGAUGGACCGUGUAGAUGCAAGUAAUGUUGAACAUGGAAGAGAAGUAACGUGGCCGCGCCUGUCCGGAAAUGUGCCC